UUGAUGAAUAAUCCAUCCACAAAAUAACAACCAUGCAUUAGUUUGUACAUGUUAAAAUACAAAUUCUAUGCAAGACAAAAAAAAGUACAACAACCAGUCUUAAAUACAAAGACAUUGAAGAGAGCUACGGUUAGUCACUGAAACAUACAACAGUAAUAUUAAAAGUUACAUAGAAAACACAUUUAGUCAUGGAUGAUGAUGCUCCCCAGUUGUCUGCCCAUACAUUAGCAGCGUUACAAGAGUUUUAUACAGAACAGAACAAACAAGAACAAACUUUAAUUGAGGCUCAACAGGGAAAUUUAAAGGAGCUAGAAAUAUCAGAAGAUUGGCAAUUAAGUCAGUUCUGGUAUAAUGAGACUACAGCAACAAGAUUGGCGGAGGAAGCAUUAAGAGCUGUAGGAGAACAAGGGAGUAUAGCUUGCCUUAGUUCUCCAACAGCAUACAAGAAAUUAAGAGAAUUAAAACCAGACUCAGUCACACUGAAAUGUUUAGAAUAUGACACGAGAUUUCAGGUGUAUGGAGAUGACUUUCUAUUAUAUGAUUACAAAGAACCACUGAAAUUCCCUAAAAACUGGAAGAACUGGUUUGAUCUGGUCAUUGCUGAUCCACCAUUUUUGUCAGAGGAAUGCCUGUGUAAAACUGCAGUUUCUAUUAAAUAUUUGGCCAAAGAUAAAAUCAUUUUAUGUACAGGUGCUGUGAUGACAGAUUUAGCAGAUAAACUCCUAGGACUCAAACCAUGUGUUUUCCAACCACAACAUACAAACAAUUUACAGAAUGAGUUUAGAUGUUACACAAACUAUGACAGUCAACUCUUUAAUAAAAGUUGAUAUUAAAAUUACUUUAUAAAAAGCUGA